CUCUCAUAUUCAUAAGCCUAAAACAGAUACUUCUAAAGCCUCAGAAUUUGGUGAAUUGGAACAUUCUUCACUCUUGAGGGAAUUAAGAGACAAGAUAUGGCAAUUGGUUUCAUGGAGGUGCAGCUUGUCAAAGCAAAAGGCCUGCAUAACGCUGAUAUCUUUGGUGAAAUGGACCCAUAUGUUCUGAUACAGUACAAUGACCAAGAGCAGAGGAGUAGUGUCGCUAUUGGUCAGGGCACAAACCCAGUAUGGAAUGAGAAAUUUAUGUUCAAAGUUGAAUACCUUGGAUCAGGUGAUAAACACAAGCUCAUCUUCAAAAUUAUGGACCAAGACCUAUAUACGGAUGAGUUCGUUGGACAAGCCACAAUCCAUGUCAAGGAUUUAUUGGCCCAAGGUAUAGAGAAUGGAGGAGCUAAGCUACAAACUCUCAAGUAUAGAGUGGUUCGUGCUAACAAUUCUUACUGUGGCGAAAUUGAUGUUGGUGUUACUUUCACCCCACAGGUGGAAGAAGAAAUUGUAAAAGAAGAUAUAGGAGGAAGGAAAGAAAGAAAGUGACCACUGUCUACCAUAACAGAUUAGCAAGGCCAAGAUAUAAAAACCAAUGGCAAAUCAGAAGAAAUUGUUUUGGUUAAUUUGGAUUGUCAUUGUACUGUGUAACAGAUUUAAUCAUUUUCAGUUUCGUAUUAUAUUUCAUUUUUUAAUUCUUUUUAGCAAGCACAAUGCAAAGAUACAUGUAAUAAGUUGUCGUCAUAUCAAAUUAGUUUGUAUUAUUACUCUAAUUUAUACUAAUUAGAUUAUUUUCAUUAUUCCAAA